CGGAGGGACCGAGUGCGCAGGAGAAGCGGAAACGAAGCGCCAUGAGCAACCCCGACGCGACCGCGCUGUCGCCGAGCCCGACGGACGGAAUCACAUGCGUCCGCUUCAGCAGCGGCCAUGAAGACCACCUCCUCGUGAGUUCCUGGGACUGCAGCGUCCGCGUGUACGACGUCCCAAACCACCGGCUGCGCUUGAAGAUGGAGGUCGGGAGCCCCGUGCUCGCGACCUGCUACGGCGCCGACAAGAGCAGCGCGUUCAGCGGUGGCCUCGAGAGCUCGGUCCUGCAGCACAACCUCGAGCAGCCGUCCAACACGCACGCGACGCUCGGGUCGCACGCGAAAGCCGUGAGCUGCUUGCGCUACAGCACGGCGACGGGACUUGUCUUUUCUGGGUCAUGGGACGCGACCGUCGCCGCCUGGGACGCCAAAGCCAACACCAAGACGCCAUCGCUGCGCCUUCCGCAAGACGGCAAAGUGUACUCGAUGUCGAUGCACGAGCACAGCCUCGUCAUCGGCACAUCGGCCAAGCAAGUCGCUCUGUACGACAUCCGCCGCCAUACGUCGCCCAUUGAGGUCCGCGACUCGCCGCUCAAGUACCAGAUCCGCUGUGUUGAGAUGAUCCCGGACGGCCAAGGUUACGUCGUGACGACGACCGAAGGCCGCGUCGGCCUCGAGUACUUUGACGCGGCCAAGAAAGGGUAUGCGUUCAAAUGCCACCGACAAAAGGUGAGCGAGACCGACACGCUCGUAUACCCUGUCAACUCGGUCGCGUUCCACCCGACGUUUGGCACGUUUGCGACGGGCGGCUGCGACGGCGUCGUCAACAUUUGGGACGGCGACAACAAGAAGCGCAUUUGCCAGCUCGCCAAGUUCAACGCGAGUAUCGCGUCCAUGGCAUUCAACCACGACGGGUCCAAGCUGGCCGUGGCCGCGUCCGACACGUACGAAGAAGGCCCGAAAGACAACCAAGAAGACACGGUGUACGUCCGGUCGAUCGCAGAGGCCGAGGUCCGGCCCAAGACCAAAGAGGCAUAAACCACUCAAAUGCACGCUUGCACUACUGGUGUCGUCAUA